GAGGUGGCGAGGCGGAGCGAGAGGAAGAGGUCCUUGGGUUGGUCUUCAUGUUGAGCGGGUAAUGUCAGCUUGGGCCAGCAGUCAGCUGGUGGACCUGGUGGGGGCGAGGCGCUGGAGACACCCUCCACAACGUGUGUUUACCUGUGUAGCUGAUGGACGGGGUGUAUCCACAGGUGCACUACUUAACAACACUUAAAUCCUCAUCAUUCGUCUUGAUUAAAGUGCACAAUAAAAUAAGUGACUAACUUAGACUGUGGUGUUAUCAUUAUAGCUUAAACCUUAGAAUGAAACGUAACCUUACGAAGGCUUGAGAGAGAUAUAAUGAAGGAGCAAUAAAGUGAAGGGGCGAGCAAGGUGAGCCAGUUGUGGUGGACCCUCCGCCAGAGACACUUCUCCCCGGGGUAACCCCAGUCCACCACCACCACUGGAUACUAUACACACCACCACCACUGCAUCAAGACAUCAGUCAUGAGGCGCGUGUGAGACAGAUGAGUACCAACUCUAGAGGAACUCUUCACUAUGUUCCAUUUCCCUCGCCUCGUAAUAAGUCUUACUGGGCUACUGACGGGAUGUUUGGGCAGCCCCAUUAAUGACCACCCUGCACGCCUCUGUAAUGGCAGCACUUCGGUCCCCUGCCAGCACACAGGCACUAUCACCCACCACCUCCACGCACCGCCCUUGUCACAACACUUCACUCAGGGCCCUCACUUGCAGGGACAGGAAGUAGAUGCUCGUGGGGAAUCCAUCCAGCUUGUUGUGGGUAACAAAACUGAUGCCAAUGAAAACAAUACAAUUGUGACUGGGGAAGCAACAGAGAUGACGACACCAGUCACGCCAGAGGAACAAGGCAGCGAUGUUCUCAACGAUGGCGAAGAAGCAUCCAACAGCACGCGACUGGAUAUGGAAUUAAAAGGCGUAAGUUUACCGACUAAAACCUCAGGUCAGCAACAAGAAGAGACUAACUUCAGCAACACAACUCUGGAAAACUCAGAUCCGUCGCAGAAUGUAACGCUGGCGCUUCAUGCACUAAAUGACACAGAGGUUGUCAACAGCAAUAAGGAGGUUGAGAACAUCGUCUACAACAUUAUAAGUGAAAACGGUGAGCAGGUUGGCUAUCAAAACUCAACAUCAUCUUCAUCUUUCAACAUCUAUGAUGAAGCAGCAAGAGACAGAGAUGGACGCAGAAUACAUGAUGAUACACUACGGCAGGAGGAAAGCUCUGUCAUAGAGUCUGAUAGCUAUAUAAACACAGACUUCGCAUCGAAAUCACUCAAAGAAGAAAAUUCAACCAUCGUCAAAAACAUUCAACAUUCAGACGGGACGGCAGCAAGAAAGUGUUGCGGUCUCGAUGAGUUCUUCAGCUUGGCAACUCAGCAGUGUGAGGCAGCGAAGAGCAUGACCGGGUUCCCGGAGGCGGUGCGGGAUCUGCUGGAGGAGGAGAGUGACCUGACAUUCAUCCCUGGCCGCCUGCAAGCGUGCCCCGGGACCAGUAACGUCCCUACUAUUAGCGAGGCAAGCUUCCAUACACACUCCAUCUUAUCUCUCGGUCACUUGAAGGACCAUACAUCAGGAAUUACCUAUGAUCAUGAUCAUUACUGUCUGGAGGUAGCAGCUCCGGGCCCUGACCAGCUGGCCACAGGCAUAUUAGUGGCAGCUUUCUGCUAUCCGUGGCCAACUGAGAUCCACACCAGGAAGUGCUGUAACCUUAACGAAUACUACAACCAUGCAAAUAAAGGCUAUUGUAUGAGGUCUACCAACAUGAGUGACCAUGAAAAUUUAGUGCGCGAAUUCUCCAAGAAUAACCCCAGGGCUCCGACCAUCCAAGUAAGCACCGGGAGGCUCAAUUGUAGUCACGGUGAGCCCAGGAUAGUCAUCGCCGAUCAGGCCUUUCUCGACCAUGCAAACCAACUCUGUGAACGCGAUACUGGGGACUGUUAUCCAAGCUCCCUCUACUGUAUUGAGUACUUGUGGGCAGAAGGCUACACAACCAUGACGCCUGUGGCCUUCGUGUGUCCCCUUGACUCCUUCCACAAGUGCUGCCCUAGGGACCAUAUUCUCACAGAGUCUGGGUGCGUGGAGGCCUCUGGGGGUUAUGUCUCAGCACGAAUGUUGCAGUUGUUGGAAGUAAUGGAACCUCAAUUCGGAUUUCCUACUGAAAUUGAUGGUGGGCAGUGUGUCCAGGAGUGGAUUACACCCAAUGAUUCAGAGAUUCGUUGGUGGAUCAGUAAGUCUGGAUACCUUAAAAUAGAUGUAAAAACAGAAAGUCAUUCUACCAUGCGGUACUGCGUAGACGACUACCUCGACCCAGUCAACGAGACGCAGACGGUGGCUCUCAUGUGUAUUACUGAGCUAGACGACAUCGUUCCUGUACACCUGUCAGCCCAGCCUAGCGAGGCGGGGAGCGUGGGCAAGUGUUGUCCGCACGACCAGUACAUGGACAUGGAUAGUUACACUUGCAUCACUGACUCCAUGGGCCUCUCACUACUGCAAGACCCGCUCGUGCAUGCUGCCAACAUAACCAAGUUAACCUACACGUCUUUCCCUACUUGUGAAAACGGAGAGGAAUACCAUUUCUACUACAUCGACCCGGGGUCUUUUGACGAUCACGGGGAGCUGGUGGAGAGCCAGGUGCUGGAGGUGGUGAGCCUAGAGGGCAGGUGCGUCCUCAGCAGGCAAGCCAUCACCCGGGAGAACUACUGCCUCGAGUACGGCGUCGUCGGCUCAAACAUCAACCCGGUGGUCUUGGUGUGUCCUGAGGAGUGGAAUGGCAUGAACGUACACAGAGAGAAGUUCGGGUUGACGGCGGUGUUGUUGGGCUUGUCCUGCACUGCUCUCUUCGCCACGGCCUUCUCCCUCAUCUCGACCCGCGUUCGGAGAGGCCUAGUCACGGUCAAAAAGGUGAACACUCUGGCAGGGAAGAUCUUGCUGAGUUACGUGCUCUCCUACCUGGUGGGGUUCCUGCUGCUGGCGGUCAACAUGAAGGUGGAGGUCGCCCAGGAUAACACAGAGUGCCAGGCCAUGGCCGGCCUCCUCACAUUCUUCCUGUUGGCAGCCUUCCAGUGGAACACCUCCAUAUGUCUCGAGUCCCUCCUCCUUACCCUGCGGGUGAGUACCUCGGAGCGAUGGAGGUAUGUGUUGCACUCUGUGUGGGCGUGGGGUGUGCCAGGGGUGGUCACCUGCCUGGCCCUCACCCUAGACCACUACAGGCACUCCCUCCCCUGCGGGGUCAUCACCCCCAGGGUCGGCCUCUACAGGUGCUUUUUCUCAGACCAGAACGCCAAGUUGGUGUACCUGUACGUGCCCAUGUUGAUGAGUCUGUGUGCUAACGUCCUUCUCCUGGCUGCUGCUCGCUAUGUCCGCUCCGCCAAGCUGCGACGACUCGAGCAUGGCAACCCCAAGUCUAAAUCUGCAGGUACAGAAGCACCCGAGGAGUCUCAGAACAGCUCGGCCAAGGAGAGUGGUCCAGGCACCACCGCCUCUCACCACGCAGUCAAUCCUCAACACUCGGGCCUACGCACCCACCAAACACGUAAUCUUUGGACAGAGUCGGUGAAGCUGGUUGUGUGGUCAGGGGCUACUUGGCUCCUGGAGGUGAUAGCCUUUGUUGUGGCAGAAUACAUGGUCAAGCCGUCAGAGUCAUGGUACGACUACUUGUGGUAUGUACCGUCCAGUGUCAAUGCCCUACGAGGAGUGGGCAUCUUCUACAUCCUGGUGUUGACACCCGAGAACCGCGUGAAGCUCGUGCGUGCCAUCGGCAACUUUGGUGGGUCGCUUGCAGUGACUGGCUCCCUAGCUCGAAGCUUACGCCCGGGCAACAGAAACAGCUCCAUUGGUAAUCACCGGUCGUCUGUUGGCGGUGAAAGCAGAUCUGAGGUACGGGGCCCUGGACGUCGCAAUAUGUCAAUUGCCACCACUAUAACACAGUUCUCCUCUAUAAGCAGCUCACAUUCUCACGAUUCUCGAGCAGAUACCGCAAGCGGUCGAACAACAGUACACCCUCGCGUGGCACACUCUAUCAGCCAAGUGGACACACGGCGCAGCUCCACGACUUCAAUGUCAUCAGACUUUGAGGGAUUCGAAUUGGAUGCUGAAAUCAGUGCUGGGGGAAGACGAAAGUCAUCGCUAGCUACUUUUGGAGUAGUGUCGCUGCCAAGUGUGGAUGAGGAGGAUGUGUUUGAGGAGGCGACCCCGUCCCAUACUGCAUUAAAUGUCACAAAAUCUACUAGUGACGCGUGAGCUCCCUCCAAUACACUCAUCAGUUCCUAUAGUUUCUCGAGUCUUGUAAGUAAGCAUCAUGGAUAGAGGUUUUGGUGGGAAACUUCAAGCAUAUUUAAAGUUCAUAUUAUUUAGUCUAUCGAUUUGCGAUGGCCUUGGCUCUCAAACCUUACGUUUUCAAGUGUUUGUGAUUCGUCCCUAGAAAUAACGAUCAUAACUCAACCCCGUGACGAUCUUCAAUAAUAAUAAUAAUAAUACGGAAUUUAUUCUUGUGCCAUAAGUCAAUUAUUUGUUCAUUAGCGUGAUAAAUUAUCAAUUAUAGAUUAUUUACUUUAUGAAAUAUAACGUGAGAAUAACUUUUUUUCCCGGUAUGUGUUGGGCAGCUUCCUCCACCAUGUCCUGGAACCUUCCUCUGGCCCACACCUUCCCCUGCAUGGUCUUUGCCCUCCCUCAUCCUCACCCAGGAGGUUCUUGUGCCCUUCAACCCUUCUCUGGUCCACAUCCAACCUUACAGGUUCCACAGCGUUGGGAACAAUACCCACACCUGUCCUCCCCCUACAAAGUUCAUCCUAUUCAGCAGUCUCGCUAUUCUCAUAUUGCAAGUCAUUAUGUAAAUAUGUCAUAGUCCAUCAUUUAAUUCAGGGUUUUAUGUAAAAUGUUUAAUAUACUGUACUGUAUAUUUUGUUGUAGUUUUCACUGCUGUAACCAGAAUAGGAAUGACAAUUUUUAUGAUUAGAUGUCAUAACUGCAGCCGCAGUAAAAUUUUAAAAGAAACGGCAUAUAUUUACAGUGUUUUCAUGCCAAUACUGUACAUAACUUGUCCCAAGCAACAAGGCAACCAGCACAGACCCUUUGACCAAGGAAAAACAAGACCUGCCAUCAUCGCAGCAGUUUCAUAAACAAACCAAGAUAAGCUAAUAACAUCUGUACUGACGGUUGGGUUUGUUGCAAUUAUCCUUUAGCCUUGUGACACGUUCAGGGUUUGACCUUCCAUACCAUGUUGACUUGGUCAUGGUUGAGCACCUCCAGACUGAAGUGAUGUACAUUGGUCUACUGUAUUAUAGUUGAAAAGUGAUUAGGAUUAAUAUUUAAAUAAUUUUUUGUACAUAAUUCUUUGCAAUACAGCUGUACAUGUCUUUUUA